AUGCUUUUGCUAGACUACCAGAACGUUCUGAUCCAAUCGGUGCUCACCGAGCGAUUCUCCGGUGCCCCCCCCGCCUCAAUCGACCAGACGGUCAGCGACUUCGACGGCGUUACCUUCCAUAUUUCGACCCCUGAGACCAAGACCCAGAUCUUGCUUUCGAUCCAAAUAAGAUGCUUCCAGGACCUGGUUCAGUAUGGUGCCGAGGAAGUGCUCCAGCGGGAGUAUGGGCAAUACGUGGCCCCGGUCGAGCCGGGCUUCGACUUCUCAAUCAUGGUAGACCUGGAGAACAUCCCGGAAACUAAGGAGGAGCGCGAUGCCCUUGCCCUGAAGUUCGCACUUCUGAAGCGCAACGCCAUGGCUGCACCAUUCGAGCAGGCCUACCAGGAGCACUACCAGCUACGGGAGGAGGCGUCGAAGUUUACAUCCGAGGAGGCUCCUCAGGGAGUGCGAGAGGGUGGCGCGGUCAAGGCCAUUCACUACCGAGAGGAGGAGGCCAUUUAUGUCAAGGCCAGCCACGACCGAGUUACCGUCAUCUUCAGCACUGUCUUCCGGGAAGAGACCGACAGAGUGUUUGGCAAGGUCUUUAUCCAAGAGUUCGUCGACGCACGAAGGAGAGCUAUCCAGAACGCCCCGCAAGUCCUCUUCAGGAACGAUCCACCCCUUGAGCUGCAAGAUGUUCCAGGUGUCCGAAACACUGGAACUGGAGAGAUCGGCUACGUCACUUUCGUCCUUUUCCCUCGACACCUUACUCCUCAGCGAAUGGCCGAUGUCAUUUCUCACAUCCAGACUUUCCGUGAUUAUUUCCACUACCACAUCAAGGCAUCGAAGGCAUACAUCCACUCUCGAAUGCGAAAGCGAACUGCUGAUUUCCUCCAAGUGCUGCGCCGUGCCAGACCCGAGAACGAGGAGAAGGAGCGGAAGACGGCAACGACGAUGGUAUGGCCGUUCGGAUCUUCGAACUCCGAAAAAGAUGCGAAACUCGAAAAGCACCAAGAUCCACCGAAGCGACGCUCGGUCUCAUGGACCGAGUCCCUAGGCACCUCUGACCCAGACCAUUUUACCGCUGCAAAGACAUGGGCCCCAACCGUCCUCUUCUCCCUCGCCGGCCUAUCUGCCCUGCAACUCUACGCAAACUACCUGCGGCGAAUACCAGGCGCAGCCUAUGUUCGGCCAAAUUUCUUUCGGAACCGAAGUCUUUUCGGAAGAGUCACGAGUGUGGGUGACGGAGACGGCUUCCAUCUCUUCCACACCCCGGGCGGACGUGCUGUGGGCUGGGGUUGGCUCAGAAAGAUCCCCGAACGACGGAAGGAACUCAAGGACCGAACGAUUUCCAUCCGAAUCGCAGGCAUCGAUGCACCUGAGCUCGCUCAUUUUGGCCGACCCGCGCAACCGUUCGCAGCCGAAGCCCACAAAUGGCUAACCAGCUACAUUGGAAACCGCAACGUGCGGGCAUACAUAUACAAGCGAGACCAGUACGAUCGAGUCGUUGCGACGGUUUACGUGCGACGGUUCUUGUUCCGUAAGAACGUAGGCCUAGAGCUCGUCAAAGUCGGGUUAGCAACAACAUACGAGGCGAAAUCGGGCGCCGAAUUCGGUGGAUUACAAAAAGUUUAUGAGAAGGCUGAGGCCAAAGCUAAGAAGAAGCGAAAGGGCAUGUGGUCAGUGGAUCCGAGCAAGUUUGAAAGCCCCAGAGACUACAAGUCGAAGUGGGCGAAUCAAGACAAACAGACCGGCAAGUAG